AUGUUCGGUAUAACAACGUCGACGAUUAAAGAAGGCCAACUAAUAGCUUCAAGAACUCCGAAACCGACGAUGCAUCCGCAACUAGAGGCACAAAGGUUUCAUUCUUGUAUUGAUCUUAUAGAGGCCCUAGACAAGUGCCACCAGGCAGAAUACUACAAAAGAGCACUGGGGCUUUGCAACCACGAGAAAGAGGCGCUUUCCAAAUGUCUACAUCAGGCCAGGUACGAGGUUGGUAAGGCUGCCAUUUUACAGAAUCGUGAGAAGCAGAAGAAAAUGGACGCCAAGUGGAAGCAGAUCAGAGAGGAAGAAUAUGGCGAAGAUGCUAUCCUACAACGCAUUAUUCGGGAGCAGCUGGCCAAAAAGCAGAAAGAGACUGCUGAAAAGUCGAAGAACUAA